AUGCAAUCCAAGUUUUGGGCCAAGGGCGCGGACGACGACAGUGGUGACAACAUAACUGAAUCAUCCGACGAUGAAGUUGAUGAGAAGAAGCCUUUAGUAUCAGCGCAGGCGGAGCGCUGGGCAGCCAUUGACAGUAGCAGUUCGGAGGAGGAAGAAAGAGUAUUAAAAAGUUAUGAAGGGAAGAGAAUAGAUUUCUACAAGAAUAUUGGAAGCAGCCUAAAUGAGAGCAUGGAAAGUAGUGACUUCAACCAGAUGCUAAAGGAUUAUGAGAGUUUGUACAAAUUUAUGGUAAAGGAAAGUUCUGAACGAAUCCCAAAUUUUGCUAUUGUAUAUUUAGAUAAGCUUUCAAAAUAUGUGGACACAACAUUUCAGAACAACGUGGAGAAGAAGGUUCUGAGUAAGAGCAAAGCGCAGACACUGAACAAGUUAAAGGCAAAAAUUAGAAAGUGCAGUGCGUAUUACCAAAGUAAGUUGGACCUGUACCAUGAGAAUCCUGAGGAAUUUAAGCUCGCCAUGGAGGAUGAUCUGGAUGAUGAUGACGAUGAAGAUGAGGAUGAUCAGACGGAUGAGGAAGAAGAAGACGACGAGGAACCCGCUGAUCAGGAAGAAGAAAAGAAAGAAAAGGCGAAGGAUGAAAAGACCCCCGGAGAAGAGGACAGCGAUGAUUGGUCAAACAGUGAAGAAGAAGAAUAUGUAUCUGACGACGGAGAUGAUAAAACAAAAAGUGCUAUGAGCAAAUGGGGGUUGAAAACAAGUGAAAAAGUGGAGAAAAAAAAAGUAGUAAAAACAAAGGUGAAAAAGGAAGGAACGAAGAAGGAAGAAAAGGUAGUACAUGUGGACGAAAACCAAUCUGCAAAAAAUAAAGCAUAUGCAGAAUUGUUAAGUACGAAAAAUCUAUCAGAAGAAGUCAUAAGAAAUAGAGUCAAAUUUGUAAUUGAAAAAAGAGGAAGGAAGGGGUUAGACAAACAUGAGCAUAUUAAUAUUCUGUCUAAGUUAUGUGAGCUAGCCAAAACAGUAAGUACACAGUCAUAUAUAGAAGUACUGGAACAGUUGAUUAACCUCGAAUUCGACGUGGUCUCAAGUUUGUACACCUACAUGUCGUUCAACAUUUGGAAUAAGGCAUUUAAGUACAUUGAAAUUAUUUUAGAUCUGCUAAUUCAGAAUGAGAGCUUUUAUUUAGUGUCCAUCAAUAUUACAGAAGAAAUUACGGAAGAGGUUAUAAACGAGAAGGAGAAAAUUUCUCGAUCUUGUAAAACACUCAUUUCGUUCUUAGCCAAAUUGGAUGAUGAGUUGCUAAAGGCCCUUAUAUAUAUAGAUGCCCAAACGGAGGAAUACAGGAGAAGGUUAGGAAAAACUAUCCACAUGAUUGCACUGCUUUAUAAAGGGUAUAAUUACGUGAAGUUCACCAAAAAAAUGCCCGAACUGGCUAUAUUCAUUUCGACGAGAAUCCUUGAGCAUAUGUAUUACAAACCGGAAGCGCUGUUCAUGCAGGUGUGGAAGUUCGUCACAAAUGGGAAGGAGAACAAUUCCUUGUCGAUGAAUGCGGAAAAUAGCGGAAAUAACAACGUAAAUGGAAAGGUAGAGCAUUCCGCGAAAACGAAUGGCGACAGCGAUAAGCAGCCAAACGGGGAUGCCACAAAUGAUGCAGAGAAAAUGCCCACCAAAGGGGAAGAUCAGAUAUCCCCAAAACAAAUUGUAGAAAAAUAUGUGUAUGAAAUAUUUGAGCACGGAACGAAGCAGCAGAAAGUUAAAGCACUGUUGCAGUUGUCCUUCCAUAGAAGCUUGCACGACGAAUUCCUGGAAGCAAAGGAAUUAUUAAAUGUUUCGAAUGUACACGAAUUGGCGCUAAGUUCAGAUACGCAGACGCAGAUUCUGUACAACCGAAAUUUAAUUCAGUUAGGAUUAUGUGCCUUCAGACAUGGAAAAAUAUUUGAGGCGCACUGUUGCUUAGGGGAAAUAUGCUCGCAAAACAAGCACCGAGAAUUAAUCGCCCAGGGAGUAUCAAACUUAAAAAAUCAGGAAAAAACUCUGGAACAGGAAAGAGCCGAAAAGAGAAGACUACUCUCCUUCCAUAUGCACAUCUCAAUUGAGCUAAUUGAAUGUGUGAAUAACAUCUGCGCAAUGUUGCUGGAAGUACCUAAUCUAGCUAGACAUUCAUUUGAAUCGAAGAAGGAUAUAAUUUCUAGGCAGUUCAGGCGAUUCCUAGAUAUAUAUGACAAGCAAGUUUUUAAUAGCCCUCCAGAAAAUAACAAAGAAAUUAUACUACUAGCCACGAAAUAUUUGCAGAAAGGAAAUUGGAAAAUGUGUUGUGAAAAAAUAUUUAGCUUAUCCAUUUGGUCUAAAUUUAAUGAUACAGAAAAGGUACAAAACAUAUUACGGGAAAAAAUUAAACAGGAAGCCAUGCGCACUUACAUUUUUAGAUACAUCUCCAUAUAUGAUUCCUUCUCCGUCGACCAGUUAUGCAUCAUGUUCGACCUUAAUCAGAAUGUCGUGCAUUCCAUUUUAAGCAAAAUGAUGAUUAACCAUGAGAUUCCUGCGUGCUGGAAUGAAAGCAGCAGUCAUAUUCUCAUAAACAAGGUGAACCCCACGGCCCUCCAGACCGUUGCCAUAAAGUUGGCGGAAAAUAUCAACGAGAUUAUGGAGCAGAACGAGCUGACCCUUAACAUGCGCAACCCAAAAUUCAUGUUCAUGCAGGAGAAGCGCACGCAGAUGAAGGACGACAAGUCCAACUGGUCACACAAGAAGGGCGAUGGCAAGUACGGAAAGGGUUACCACCAGCACAAAAACGUGCACUACAAGAAGAACUACAAGGAAAAAAGCAUGCCCAAAGGUUUCGCUUAA